AUGGCAAGCAAGACUCCUAUGGCAUCUAAGGAAGCAAGGCAUGGAUGUGUAGAUUUGGUGAUAAAUGGAGAUAAUCCAAUUGAGUCGAAUGUUGAGUUAUGCGGCGCCGGUACAACAUCCCAUGUUUGUGACCAAUUUGGGGAGAAAAAACCACCAUCAUCUAUUUACAAUGUGAUUGUAAUACUGUUAUGGUUGAGUUAUAAUGUAGCAUGGAUGAAGUCGAGGAUGAUGGUGCGAACAGCAGUGGUCCCUGGUACUAUUUAUGGAAAAAGGAAAUCUCCUAUGGAAAGACGAAAGGGAAAAAUGUUUUGGUACAUUGGUAAGGAGUGGUGUGAAUUUGUUAAGAAGAAUAAUUUAAAAAAAGGAGAUAAGGUUGCCUUUUGCCUCUGUAACCAUCCAUCAAGUAAGAGUGUUCAGAAGAAGUCGAAUGUAACACAAGGAAGUUGA